AUGGACCCCCUUGCACAGCUCCCCUCCGAACUCAUCCUGCGAAUUAUCGAAUUCACGCCCACGGCCAGCCUCGCCGCUCUAACUCGCCUCAACCACAGCUGGAACUCUUUCAUCGACGAAACCCAUCAAGAAGCAAUAUACUCCACCCCAGGCCGAACAUAUCACCCUCUUGGGGUAAGAGAUUUCACCUCCCUCAAGCAAGACGGCCGAUCCUUCUCGAAGUACUACGACAACAUCACGUCAUGCAAAGAUCUAUGUCGCCGCCAAACUCUCCUCUCAAAGAACUGGAGCCAUGAACGGCCUCUGACGAAGGAGAGGAUCAUUCGAGUCGGCAACGACCCCAUCUGGCGCUUCCGCCCGGAUUUCCAACGCCGGGUCAUUCUGAGUACGUCCCAUUCUGGCGGGUUGAAUGUCAGCGAUAUGGAUUCCGGUAGGCUUUUGUGGAGUCUGGAUAGAGACGUCGUUCGCCCUUUCGCGCAUCUUGAAUAUGCUGAUGGAAUUGCGUGUUGGGACUGCGAGUGGGAGGGAGUGGAAGUUUGGAGGAUUGGACGGGAGGGUGGGGAGAAGGUCAAGGUGCUGGGGCAUGAUGUUAUGACGAGGGGGUUUCAGUUGAGUUGUUUUGGAGAUGGGGAGGGGAAGAAGUGGUGUCUUUGUGUGGUGAGCAGUGAGGGGUGCGGGUUUGUGUAUGAGGGUUUGCGAGGGGAUUUGGAGUUGACGAGGAGGAUUACUAUUCCGACGGGGGCGGUGGGGCAUUUGGAUCAGGAUGAGAGUGUGGUGGUUUACUCGAUGGGGAAUGAGGGGUAUUGGUUUUAUGAGAAGGGGAGUGGGGAGAAUUUGGGCGUUUUGGAUCCUGAGCAGGCGGGUUGUGAGGUCUUUUUUGCGAGGCAUCCUGACAAGAGGCCCCGACGGGCCACGGCGUUGGGUAUGCAGGAUGGGAUGGGGAAGUCGGCUAGGGAUCGUACCACGCCUCUGACAGUGCAAGCCGGAUCUUUCCCCGGCGACGAUAGAGUCUCUCUCGACGAGGAUGAAUGGGGCGCUGGGAUGUUAAGCGGGAACCUCUUCGUCGGCGUCUCGAGGGGCGGGAGACUUCUCGUCUGUCCAAACUGGCACAAAUUGUGCGCGGAGAAGAACAAGAAGAAGAACCUCAUCCAGAUCAUCGAUUGCGACUCGGACGGAUCGAGUUUCGACCUUGGAGGGUGGUUGUCUGUCCGCGAUCACCGGGUCAUGUUCGAAAUCCAGGAUUUGAUCUACAUCAUCGGCUUGACAGACGAUGACCACGUGCAAGCAUCGAAUCCCACCCAUCAGGAAGACGAAGGGGUGCUACUUGCACGUCCCUCCUUCACCACAGCAACAUCCAUCAAGCCCCAACUCGCCAACCCGGUGAGUUUCAUGGGCCUCUACGAGGAUUGCAUCAUGAGCACAUAUACCACGUUGCAUUAUCGUUGGCGGCGUGAAGAGGGCGAAGGUGGUGCACCGGGUCCUUUGCGGGCGUUGAAUCGCAUUUUCCAGACGAAGGCGGUGAGGGUGUUGAGUUUGGCGCCGGAGUUGGAUGGGGAUGAGGAGGUGGAGGGAGAGAGUGGGGAUGGGGAGGAAAGCUUGCCGGGUGUAGAUGCUACGAGGGCGGAGUUGCAUUCUUUGAUUGCGAUGUUGGCGGAGGGGGAAGAUGAUGAGGGCGAGGAUGGAGGAUAG